AUGUCAUAUUACCCGCUCAUUGUGCUAACACUCUAUUAUUUUAACGGUAAUAAAGCAAUGAGACAUUUACCAGCGCCGGACGUUCAACUGUCAGACGGUCCCCUUCACAACACUGUACUACGAGUAUAUAAAGAGGCGCCUUUCGAAACAAUAUUCUUACUAGGAAAAGCCAAUGGGAGCUCUUUCAACAUGCGCGAAUCGACAAAGAACUUGGAAAUACCUUUGAUAGCAGCGACGGACAACGCUACGGGAGAGAAGCUGAAGACACAUUUCAAUAGCAAGCUGUUGGCGAUUGUCUGUUUAUCGCACACGCAGUUGGAACUUACGCUGCUCAACGUCUUAGCCGAGUACUUGCAACACAGACGUCAAACACGCAUUAUUUUAUAUUUUGCGGAGGCAGCACCCUCGGCCACCGUCUUGGCUGUACUGAGCGCUUAUUUGGUGGAUCAUUAUAUGACGAAUGUAAUUGGUCUCUAUGGCGCCGUAAACAAAAGCGUCACAUCCACACAUUACCUCAGUUAUCAACCAUUUCACCACAGUCACUGGCGCCUUAAGCUUUUGAACACCACGAGUUGGUACUUUCCAACAAAACAACAGGACUUCGAAGGCAAAACUUUUCUUACAUUGCCCGGACAGAAUAUGCCACGUUGCAUAAUUAUUGUGGAUUCCUCAGGCGUGCAGCGUUUGAGUGGCUAUGUGGGUUACCUAGUGAACACCUUCGCGGAGAAAUAUAAUGUGAGUUUUCGCUUCCUAUAUCCAGUUUCACCGGGCGAGUUUAUACAUUUAACUACACUGUUGGAGCUUGUCGCUAACGGCACGCUGGAUUUGGCCAUCACUUUGGUGCCGGCGUCCUUUAAAAUGACAAACAGUUAUCAUUUACUGACAUAUCCGCUGGAGGUGAAUUCCUGGUUUGUUAUGCUACCUUGUCCGCAGCCGCUGCAGUACGCAGAGAUAUACAAGAUUGUCGUCACAAAGCAAGUAAUCAACGUCUUGGUGCUGCUCAUGUUCCUCUUCUCUCUCUUGGAUACCGUUAUGAAUUGUGUAUGCCGCAGAAGUUACGCUGACUACGAUUUGUUAAAUAUUUUAGUGAAUGAAAACAUUAUUCGCGGCGUUUUCGGUCUCUCUUUUUUCAUAAGACCUCAUUCGAAACUUUCGCUGAAGAUUCUCUACACAUUCCUGCUCAUGUUGGGCUUCUUCGUUACCAACAUGUAUUCAGCCUACUUUCAAACGCUCUUUACCAGUCCACCGCUACAACAUGACAUACUCACUUUCAACGAUAUGCGUCGCCGUAAUUUGAAGCUCAUGUUCGAUCGUCACGAGCUCCGACUGGUACAGGAAUUAUUUGGUCCUGACUACAAUACAACAAUUAAACCGGUUUUGCAAAUUGAAGACACGGCGGUUUUCCAACGUCAUCGGAGGGCGUACGACACGAGUUAUGCCUACACAAUGCCCGAGUCGUUGUGGUCGAUCUUUAGCGCACAGCAACAAACCUUUGAGCGCAAAUUAUACUGCUUGGCACCAACUCUUAGACUGUACAGUAUGUUAGGGUUGAGCUUGGCGUUGGCGGAGAAUUCUUAUUUAAUGGCACCGUUAAAUAAAUUGAUUUUGCGUGUGAUUGAAACUGGUCUGCUGGAACAUUGGCGCACAAUGACAUUUAUCGAUUUGUUGGCGAGCAAGCAACUCUCGCUUAAAGAGACUAACCAAAGAGAGCGAUUCCAUGAGAUUCGUAUAGAGGACAUGCAGCUGCCAUUUUACGCGCUGUUGUGUGGCUUGGCACUGGGCAGUGUUGCGUUUGCAUCGGAGAUUUAUCUGUUCAAAAUAAAGAACAGUUACCGCCAGAGAAUGAAUCGAGCGGAAGCAGGAAUUCUCUUUCUUUAA